AUGCGAGCCAGAAUGAGGGCAGCAGCUGCAGACGGUUCUUCUCCGGCGAGCACUAACACUAAGAUCGCUCUGGCUGCCGUGCCUCUCCCUGUGGCGGUGAGUAACCUAACCCCCUCUCCUCCCAAUUUCCGGAGCUCGACUUUACUUCUGCUUCUAGUAACUGUAAUUUUUGUAAUCAGAGGUCUCAGAAAUCUCGACGUUGUUCGAGACGCAAUGCACUCCGCCAUAUCAUCGAGCAAAACUGAACUUCUCGAUGCCGUCCUUCACGAUUUCUCUCAGGGUUACUUUGCCCUCUCUCGCGAUCACCGCCGCAGGCUAUUACUCAUCCUUGCUAAAGGCUAUGAUCUCAACCGCAAGCAGGCUCGUGAACUGAUGGAUCAGCAUCUGGGUCUCCAGCUUCCUGUUCCUUCAGCUGUUGAUGGAGUUGAAUCUGAUUCCCCGCGCGAUGAAGCUAUGCUUUCUGCUUUCUAUCGCAUUGAAAGGAACCUCAGACAGGCUCUCAAGCCUGCCUAUGAGGUCCUUUUUGAGAGACUCAACAACCACCCUGGUGGAUUGAGAUUCCUCACCACCCUUCGUGCUGAUAUCUUGUCAUUUUUGCAAGACGAAAAUGUUGCAUCUUUGCGGGCUUUAGACGCCAGUUUGAAGGAGAAACUUACAACUUGGCUCAGUCCUGUGGCAUUGGAGCUUCACCAAAUUACUUGGGACGAUCCUGCUUCUUUGCUUGAGAAAAUUGUGGCAUAUGAGGCUGUACAUCCUAUCAGCAAUCUCUUAGACCUGAAAAGACGAUUAGGUGAAGUUUUGUGGGAUGAUCCUCCUAUUUCAGAAUCUGAGGCCUCAUGUGCAUUAUUUUAUUCCAUAUCAUCAACUCAGUCUGGCUUGGCAGGAAUAAACUUAGGGAAGUUUCUUAUAAAAUGGGUGAUCACAUUGGUGAAACGGGAUAUGCCUCACAUUUGUACAUUUGCUACUCUCAGCCCUAUCCCUGGGUACAUGCAAUGGCUGCUUUGUAAGUUGGCAUCUGAUUCCCCUUUUAUGGAGAGGUUAAUUGAACCAAAUGAAGAAAGCGCCCUCAUAAACUCCUCUAGAGCACAUUAUGACAUUUCCGCUUCUAGGGAGACUUAUGCAGGAAAAAGUGGCGCCGAAGUGAUGUUGAACAUGCUGACAUCAACCAACUAUGAUUGGUCCUCCAAUGCUGAAAUGCUUUCAGCAUUGAAGCCUCCACUCAUGAGACUCUGUGCCAGGUACCUUUUGCAAGAGAAGAAGAGAGGCAAAGCCCUAGACUCUGUUGCAAACUUUCACUUGCAAAAUGGAGCGAUGAUUGAAAGAAUAAAUUGGAUGGCUGACAGAUCUGAGAAAGGUCUUCGUCAAAGUGGAGGUAUUAUGGUGAACUAUGUGUACAGGGUGGAGGAUAUCGAAGAGAAUGCUCAAGCAUAUUUCCGAGCAGGCCACAUACAGGCUUCUGAGAAUGUCUGUUGCUACGUCAAGGAACAGGAGGUCGGAGGCUUGAAGGAGAAUGAUGGGGAAAAGCCACUGUAACUCUGAUCAUCGGGAGACCAAGUAUUUGAAAACAUUGCUAAUCUAAUAUGUACAGUCAAUGGUGGCUCACAGGCUCAGGUGCAGGUACAGCCGGUGACUGCAACAGCGAUGGUGAUCUUCUUCCUGGCCAGUCAAGUCUCGUGGCUGGUUUCCGACACGUAAUCUCGCAUGAGGCGCGUAUUGGAGUCGCUAACCUUCUGCAUCAAGUAUGAACAAGAAGAAUAAUGAAUGGGGUGAGGGGGAUUUGGUUUCUGGCAUUGGAACCUGAAGAGAAACUAAGGAGGAAACUGCGAACUAGGAACCUUGAGGGCUAGUCGAUGAAGGUUGUCCCACUCGAAGUCCAUCUUACAUAUAACAGGAUGUCAUUCAUCGAAAGAGUAUUAUGCACGAACCUCUAUGAUUCGCAGAGCUGGUGUUGAAGAAGACAGCAUUGGGAGGCAAAAUAGAGUGGGUUAGAUAGAUGCAGAACAGAGGGGGCUGAAAUUGCGUAGAACAGAGUUGGAUUUCAUUCUCACUCACUCACCCAAACCCUUGUGCCUGGAGGAUUGACGCAUGAGGGCAGCACAGAACUCGUCUCCGUCCUUGAGGGGAUGGCUGUCAAGGAAUUCCAUCAACUCUGCGUGUGCUUCCCGGUUAUAGGCCUGCAGCCAUCAUAAUCAUCGAGCGUUCGUUCAUUGUUCUCUCGAGAAGGGCGAUAACUAAGGAAACUGAAUUGGGAUAUAAAAACAGGACGAGAAGAAGAACGAACCCUCAGCUGGGCGGAUACAAUCUCGAGCGCAACGUAGGUGAAGAAACUGACGAGGUACUUAGCUGCCUUGGACUCCGGCGACUCUCCAAAUCCUGAGAGGUAAAAGAAAUGUUCAUAAUUUGGCUUUUGUAUGGAGAAAAUGAGGGGUGAGGGACUGCAGGGACAGACACCCACCAGGAACAUACAUCUUGUGGCAAUACAGUCGACUGCCACGGCGGCUGAUCGAGCGAAAAGCAGUAGACAAUUGGCGGCGGCUUCUGGAAUUGGUAAUCUGUUGGGGAUGAGUUUGGGUUGUAGAGAGGAGAGCCAUGAUGUUGGAACUACUGUGGUUGCUGAUGUUGCUUCCAUUCCCGGCGCUACUUCUGCUUCUGCUUCUUAUCUGAUUGGAGAAUAGAUGAUUGACUCAGGUUACCCAGAACGAGGCACUCAUUCGUAACCAAAAAACUACAAGGC